CUUACAUGGCACAUAAUACACAUAUAUAGUAAAACCUACGUUGUACGUCUUGAGAUAACGUAUGGUUCAACAUGCGUGGAAGCGUGCACAAGGACACGGGCGCAAAUGAACACAUUCCAUGGAACGCUUCAAGGCACGGGACGAAUGGAUUAAUUCUGCGCUGGCGGAUGGUCAAGGGAAGCCAGUGGAAAACGCUGUACAUUUGAUCUCAAGAAAGUGCAGCCUUUUAUUAUCCACAACGAAUGCAUCGCAGAGAGCAUUUCGUUCAGAGAAGGUAUCAUAGAGUAGCAAAUCAUUUUUGGGAGACUGUACGACAACUGUUAGGCUAUUCGAUCUUAUGCCCGCAAGUAUCGAGCUAACUUUCUACAUCAAAUGGAAUCGUUAUUUAAUUGCCUUCGACUGACUCUGUCUCCGUUUGAUGCGCAUGGUUGGCUACAUUUGAAAGAGUUCUGAUGGUGGAUUAGAAUAAUUGGACGGACACUUACUGUUAAAACACGUUUGUGCGUAAUUGAACAGAGGAAUUGAUAACGAAAACAGAUAGUGGCCCUUCUCUGCUUGGGGAGAAUCGGAGCGGGGGACUCGCCGAGGAUUUCAUGUUUGCCACAAUAUUGGUUUAUUCCCCGCAACAUUGAAGUAAACAAGAACAUACAACUUUAAUAUUAAGUUAUAAUUACUCUCAAAUGUCAAUACUCAAAACGCGUCAAAUGUGAAUUAUGUAUGCAAAUAAGGAAGACCUGAAGUUUUCUAUUCCAAAGAGCUUUCAUUGACGUUGACUGCCAUUCUAAUUUCCUUCAAACGCACAUCCUUCACGUGCAGACCUAUUUAAUCAGUUACAAAUGUUAUUUGGUGGCAGUGAGUGGAUACACUUUUGCACAAUAGGAGCAACGUUGAAUUGAAACAUGUAAUCUAGUCCAUCGGCACUGCAUCUAUUUACAAAGGAAACCAUAGGCUAUGUCUAAAUGCGCGUUUAAAGACCCCUAUUCCAAAGCAGUUGCGCAAAUGGCUUCAUUCCCUGACUUGAAGACAUGUCCCCUAUGCAAAGAACUGUGCUGCUCAUCUGCUCCGCUCUCCUCCAACUCGUCCACCUCCUCGUCCUCGUCCCAUGCCUCAACUAGCUCAUCUACCUCAUCCUCCAGAAGGCUCCACGUCCUCCCCUGCCUCCAUGCCUUCUGCAGGCAGUGUCUGGAGGGCCAGCGGAACCCCGGAGACCCCUUGAAACUCCGGUGCCCGACAUGUGACCAAAAGGUUCUAAUGCCCGAAUCAGGAGUAGACGCCUUGCCCUCGUCAAACUUUUUAUUUAGCAACCUGUUGGAUGCCAUGGUAAAUUUGUCUGAGGAGCAAAUUAACAAUACUGUUAGCAGCAGCAGGGGCAACAACUUGUCUCACAGACACAGCAGAAAUCCCCUGUGCAGCUCUUGCGACGAGGGCAACCCUGCUACCUCUCACUGCCGAGACUGCCAGGAGUACCUUUGUAACAACUGUGUAAGGGCACACCAAAGGGUCCGGCUUACCAAAGACCAUUUCAUUGAUAGACUAGUGGAGAGUCUGUUUCACCAGCACCUGGGGAACCUAACCAACAACUGUAACAACACUUCUACUGCCACUCUGAGCCAGUCCUCCUUCCAGUCGAGCUACUCUCUGCUGCCUGUCUUUCAGGACAAGCUGAGUUUCUGCCAGCAGCAUGACAAUGCGGUUCUGUAUUUCUUCUGUGACACGUGCUCUGUGCCCGUCUGUGGGGAGGGCAGUGCGAGUUGUCACUCAGGCCACAGCCUCCGCUACCUCCAGGAUUCCCUUCAGGAUUCCAGGACCCUCACCAUCCAGCUGCUGGCAGAUGCCCAGCAGGGCAGGCACACUGUACAGCUGAGCAUUGAGAAAGCCCAGGCCAUCGCCGAGCAGGUGGAACUGAAGGCCAUGGUGGUCCAGUCAGAGGUCAAAGCCAUCACACAGCGUCAUAAGAAGGCCCUGGAGGAACGAGAGUGUGAGCUGCUGUGGAAAAUUGAGAAAAUCCGUCAGGUGAAAGCCAAGUCCCUCUAUCUCCAGUUAGAGAAGCUGCACCAGAACCUGACCAAGCUGGACAGCACCAUUGUUACAGUAGCCCAGGUCCUGGAGAAGGGCAGUAGUCUGGACCUGCUGCUGGCCAGAGAGAGCAUACUUAUCCAGAUCACAGAGCUUAAGGCCCUCAGGGAGCUGUUACUACCACAGGACGAUGACCACAUCAUGUUCACCGCCCCCGACCAGACCCUGCUACUCGCCAUCCAGUCCCUGGGUCUGGUCAGCUCUGGGGCCUUCGCCCCCCUCACCAAGGCCCAGGGAGAGGGGCUUUGUCGGGGCUUGCAGGGUAAGCAGGCCUCCUUCACUGUGGUGGGGUAUGAUCAUGAUGGAGAGCCCAGGCUGUCUGGGGGGGACGGUGUGUCAGCUGCGGUGAUGGCGCCUGAUGGUAACCUGCUGAACGCUGAGGUGUCCGACCACCAGAACGGAUCGUACACGGUCAGCUACCUGCCCAAGGUAGAGGGAGAACAUCUGGUGUCAGUCCUUAUCUGCAACCGGCACAUCGAAGGCAGCCCCUUUAAAGUGCUGGUAAAGUCUGGCCGCAGCUAUGGAGGUAUCCCCCUGCCGGUGGACUCGUUCGGCAGGGAGGGGGACGGAGACGGGCAGCUGUGUCGCCCCUGGGGGGUGUGUGUGGACAAAGAGGGCUACAUAAUUGUAGCUGACCGGAGCAACAACAGGGUGCAGAUCUUCAAGCCGUGCGGUUCCUUCCACCACAAGUUUGGUACGCUGGGCUCCAGACCAGGCCAGUUGGACCGACCAGCUGGGGUGGCCUGCGACGGCCAGAGGAGAAUCAUCGUGGCCGACAAGGACAAUCACCGCAUCCAGAUCUUCACCUUUGAAGGCCAGUUCCUCCUCAAGUUCGGGGAGAAGGGAACCAAGGCCGGUCAGUUCAGCUACCCCUGGGACGUAGCGGUCAGCUCGGAGGGAAAGAUCCUCGUCUCAGACACCCGGAACCACCGCAUCCAGCUCUUCAGGCAGGACGGCACCUUCCUCAACAAGUACGGCUUCGAAGGGGCUCUAUGGAAACACUUUGACUCCCCCAGGGGCGUGGCCUUCACUCAGGAGGGCCACCUGGUGGUGACAGACUUCAACAACCACCGUCUGCUGAUCAUCCGGUCGGACUGCCAGUCGGCCCGCUUCCUGGGAUCAGAGGGAACCGGUAAUGGUCAGUUCCUGCGGCCGCAGGGCGUAGCAGUGGACCAGGAGGACCGCAUCGUGGUGGCCGACUCCCGGAACCACAGGAUCCAGGUGUUCGAAACCAACGGUAACUUCCUAUGCAAGUUGGGGACUCAGGGUAGCAGCUUUGGACAGAUGGAUCGCCCGUCGGGUAUAGCUGUUACUCCAGACGGAAGGAUUGUUGCCGUGGACUUUGGAAACAACAGAAUCCUUAUGUUCUAGGCUAGGCAGUUUGUCUGCUGGUUUGCAAAGAAAGAAACAUUGAAGAGAAGGAGAUUUUUAAACACACCCAUCAGAUGCAAAUGUCUUUGUGAGCAAAUGGAGCCAGUAAUAUUGAAACUUGACCUUUUCUCUCAGUUAUUACCUCCUAUCUAGCUUGUAAGAGUGGGCUCCCGAGUGGCGCAGCGGUCUAAGGCACUGCAUCUCAGUGCUUGAGGCGUCAUUACA